GUUACCAGCUGGAUUCUGUGCAAACGUGUCGAAACUGAAGUGUGUAUGAGUAAUCGGCAACGUUAGCUAAUAUACUAAUUCUACUACCUAUUAUUAAGAAAUUGGUUUCGCCUCAUUUUAAAAGCAGUGGCAAUGGCUACUGUCGAAGAAUUGAAGUUGCGUGUCCGCGAAUUGGAAAAUGAAUUGAUUAAGUGUAAGCAGAAGCGAUGUCCCGAAGAUGCCGGUGGCAGCCAGAAUUAUAGACAGAGGAUUGUGAAGAUGAGUGCUGAAGUAGUGGAUUCAAAUCCUUACAGUCGUCUUAUGGCGCUGAAACGGAUGGGCAUUGUCGAAGACUAUGAGAGAAUUCGCACAUUUUCUGUCGCAGUGGUUGGAGUCGGUGGAGUUGGAAGUGUGACUGCCGAAAUGCUGACAAGAUGUGGCAUUGGUAAGCUGAUCCUGUUUGAUUAUGACAAAGUGGAACUGGCGAACAUGAACAGGCUUUUCUUUCAGCCGCACCAAGCUGGACUCAGCAAAGUGGAGGCUGCGGAACACACGCUGAGGAGCAUUAAUCCUGAUGUAUCCUUUGAGACUCACAACUACAACAUAACAACCAUGGACAAUUUUACACAUUUCAUGGAUCGCAUAAGUCAUGGUGGACUUGAAGAAGGAAAGCCUGUGGACCUGAUCUUGAGCUGUGUGGACAAUUUUGAAGCUCGCAUGGCCAUUAAUACAGCAUGUAAUGAACUGGGCCAAAUCUGGAUGGAGUCUGGAGUGAGCGAGAAUGCCGUGUCUGGACAUAUCCAGCUCAUCAUUCCUGGGGAGACGGCCUGCUUUGCAUGUGCCCCUCCCCUGGUGGUGGCAGCCAACAUCGAUGAGAAGACCCUGAAAAGAGAGGGUGUGUGUGCGGCCAGCCUGCCGACCACCAUGGGCGUGGUGGCUGGACUUCUAGUGCAGAACGUCCUGAAGUAUCUCCUGGGUUUUGGUUCAGUCAGUCACUAUCUGGGCUACAACGCCAUGCAGGACUUCUUCCCCACCAUGUCCAUGAAGGCAAACCCUCAGUGUGAUGACCAUUACUGCAGAAAGCAGCAGGAGGAGUACCAGAGGAAGCAGGCAGAGAGGCCAAAACAGGAAGUGGUGGAAGAGGAGGAGGAGCAGGUCGUGCACGAGGACAAUGAGUGGGGCAUAGAGCUGGUCUCCGAAGUAACAGAAGAAGAGCUUAAGGCUGCCUCAGGCCCUAAACCAGACUUACCUGAGGGUAUCACUGUGGCUUACACCAUUCCCAAAAAGGAGAACACACCUGAUGGAGAGAUGGUUGAGGAGACAGAACAAAGUCUCGAAGACCUCAUGGCUCAAAUGAAGAGGAUGUAACCCCGCGAACAUAACUGUUCCUUCAGCUUUCAGCAAGCAACACUACUGCAACAGAAAAAGAAAACGCAAACCAUCUGAACUCUCUUUUUAUUCAACGCCUCACCUUAUAUUCGAUCUCCAGACUUCCUUGUCCAGGGUAACCUAUGCUGAUCCCAAGGCACACCAGGUAUAUUCUGCAUUACCGCAAGAGCUGGGUGGCUUGCUCCAAUGAUACAACAUUGUAUGAGGAUUAAAUGUCUGGGCACAAGUGCUCCUAAAGUUUUAUGUAUUCAGUUGUAAAGCCAGUGAAUCACGUUAACAAGCAACAGCAUUGUUUCCAGUUUUUGGAAUAGGUACAAUUUGGAUGUCUAUAAUGCCGCCUUUCAGCAUUGCGUUUCUUUUUGUAAUACGGCAUUUACUUAAAAUGCAGGUUUAAAUUAAACCAACUGAUCUGUAUAGUGCAAUGAACUCAUGGCUGUAAUGUAUUCUAAUGACUUGAGGUUUAAUGGAUGAUAUGUAUUAGCACUUAAGGUAACCUUCUGUAGUUAAUUUGUGAAGGGAGUGUAGAUGGAGUUGAUUACUGUGGUAAAAUUCCCCAUAAUGUGUUUAGUUCCCAACCGUUUCUCUCUAACAUUACUGGUAAUUUGGCCCUGGAUAAGCGAGUCAUGAAGAAAAUGUCUGCAGUUCAGUGGUAUUCUUCUGUGCAUUUGCUUACUACUCAUCAGCUCUUAAACUACCAUCAGGACAUUCAUGAACUUUGCCUGCACAGGAAUGGACACUUGCAUUACAUUCAUUGAGGUUUCAAUAAAGUAUUUAUUAGCCGGA